UCGGAGCGGCGGCGGGAAGCGCUGAGGGAAGGAAGGGGCUGAGGCCGGCGCUGAUGAGGGAGCCGCUGUGAGGGCAGCGAUGAGGGAGGCGCUGCGCGGACGCUCGGGCAACCAGCCGGCCCCAGGCAGCCCUCUCCGCCCCACUAACCCCUCCAUGGCGCCGCCCGGGCCCCCCUGGUCCCACACCCGCGCCGCGCUGGGGCGGCUGGAGAGAGCUCUGAGCUGCUCCCGCUGCGCCGGUGUCCUGCGGGAGCCCGUGUCCCUGGGGCAGUGCGAGCACGUCUUCUGCCUGUCCUGCGUGGGUGACUGUGUUGGCACCGAGUGCCCCGUGUGCCACAUGCCGGCCUGGGUUCAGGACGCGCAGAUCAACCGGCAGCUGGAUAACAUGAUCCAGCUCUGCAGCAAGCUGCGGCAGCUCCUGGGCGCCGACGCCUCAGAUUCAGCAGAGAACACGUGCACACCGACUGACUCAGAGGUGGAAAAAAAGAGCAAGAAGGAGCAGAUAAAAAUGUGGUUCAGCCCCAGAAGCAGGAAGAUUCGAUGUGUCGUGAACAAGAGUCAGGCUGGCACUAAAAACAAUGACCUUGGUCAAGACACUUCAGUUUAUGAUUUCUUUCCUUCCCCUCCUCACGAAAUGCCCUCUAAGCCAACAAAAAGACCAACUCAGAGACAGAUUAAGAAGAUGAAGAAGAAACAUCUAGCAGAGAUUAACAAAGAGUGGAGCUUAGAGAAACCUGAGCAGAAAAAAGCGGAGAAGAUUCCCAAGGAAAAGUGUGUGACCAUCUGCAGUCAACCAGUAGUGCUGUACACUCAGGAACCAGAGAGUCCUGAAGAAAGACCCCAGCAGGAGCCUGUAAAGGAAGCUGACUCCAGCAGUAAUACAGAGGAUGAGGAACUUCUACCACAGGUAGAAUCCCCAGAGAAGAAAGAUAACAGUGAGGCUGUGUGCUCUGCACGAGAGAGCAAGGGAAAAAAAUGUGCUGCAGAGACAUUGCUGUCGAUAGCAAAUGAAGUGACACCUUUGAAACGUGGAAGGGAGCAAUCCAGGCUUCAGGGUACUCCUCAGUCUAAAAGGGCAAGGAGAAGUGAGAGGGGCAUUCCUGGGAAGUCAGACAAGCAGGCUGAUGGCUUAGAGGAGUCUCUGCAGGGCUCCCCCAUCUCCCCAGCCGCUGAACAGACACCAGUUCAGAUUUCUUCCUCUGCAUCCACACCCACUGACACUGGAAUGAAGACAAGAUCAUCUGCAGCCCUUCAAGUGAUAAACAGUCCGUCACUUUCAGAACCUCCCUCUACCCCAUCCACUUCCAAGACUGGCAGUCAAGUAGCAACACCACUCAGUCCUUCUGUGUUGAAAUCCCCUGGUGUCAACACAAUUGCCAGAAGAAAUUACAAGGGAGAGACUCUGCUCCAUGUUGCUUCCAUCAAGGGUGACUUAGCAGCUGUGGAGCAGCUGCUAAAAAAUGGGGCAGAUCCCAAUGUCAAAGAUAAUGCUGGCUGGACACCGCUGCACGAGGCGUGCAACCACGGGCACCGGGAGGUGGUGGAGCUGCUGCUGCAGCACGGGGCGCUGGUGAACACCACGGGCUACCAGAACGACUCUCCGCUGCACGACGCCGCCAGGAACGGGCACGUGGCCGUGGCGGAGCUGCUGCUGCUGCACGGCGCCUCCCGCCACGCCGUUAAUAUAUUUGGUCUGCGGCCUGUGGACUAUGCAGAAAGCAAAAAGAUGAAAUCUGUGCUAAUGUUACCAGUGAAGAAUGAAUCAUUUUCACUUACCCAGCCCUCUGAGGUGCUGAGCUCCAGCCAGCCAAGAAAUGGACCCCUUGGUAUACUGGGGAGCAAUCUCAGUGUGGAGCAGCAGAAAUUGCUGAACAAAUUAGCAGCAGUCCUGAAGGCCCAGAGGUGCACUGAAUUUAACAGCAGAGUAACUCAUCUUGUUAUCCCUGAUGCUCCAAUGCCAACCACUGUCAAAUGCAUGAUGGCUGUUCUGACUGGAUGUUGGGUCCUCAAGUUUGAAUGGGUGCGAGCCUGUCUGCGGAGCUCAGCUCGAGAACAAGAGGAGAAGUACGAAGUCCAAGGUGGCCCGCGGCGAGGGCGGCUCAACCGGGAGCAGCUGCUGCCUAAGUUGUUUGAUGGAUGCUACUUCUAUUUUUUGGGACCUUUCAAACAGCACCAGAAGAGUGACCUGCUGGAGCUGGUGAAAGCAGCGGGCGGCCAGGUGCUGGUUAGGCAGCCCAAACCAGACAGUGACGUGACACAGACCAUCAACACAGUGUCCUACCAUGCAGAGCCCACCUCUGACCAGAGGUUCUGCACUCAGUAUGUCAUCUAUGACGUGGCUUCCAAGUUCCAGCCGGAGAAAAUCCGGCAGGGCAAGGUGUGGAUGGCUCCCUCCAGCUGGCUCAUAGACUGUGUGAUGUCAUUUCAGCUCCUGCCUGUGAAGUGAAUGUCAAACAGCAGCAUCCCGAGAGCAAGGCUUUAAAAUGGGCUGAGCCUUGGGCAGCUGGGAUGCUCUGACAAGCUGCUCUGAAGCUGUGAUUUCUAGUUUGGAUUCAGGAGAGCUUUGGGCAUUUAAGUGAGUUACUAAGGUGACUGAUAUGCUGGAAUAAAUGAACAUACAAUGGAGGAAAGGAUUGAAAAAA